AGAGUUUAGUAGUUCGUGUCAUGCGUAUGUACGGUAUUGUGUUGCGUUUUCUGUGUAAUAUGCAAGUGAUUUGAUGGUGGAGACAGGAAAUCACGGAAAGACACAUAUUGAGUGUGUGACCUUGUGUUUCCGCAUUGCGAGCAGGAGGUGACUAGUGUUUAGACAAACAUAUUAGCGCACAUUACGUACCUGUGCUGUUCGGCAAUUACGAAGAAUACCAGAUCGACGCGUGGUGGCUUAGGAGGGCAAUCAUGGACUGCAAGGGGACUAGUUGGGUGAAAAAAGAGAAGAAUGAAGUAUAUGCUGAACCAGAAUCCUUGUUUCUUGAAGGUCUGCUAAAGAUUGUAAUGCCUAGUCUCCAUAUAAAGCAAGACCUAGAACUGAAACAGGAGGAUGGCAUUGGGGGUGAUUGUCUUGAAGAUAACUUGGGAAUCUCUCAUCCAAAUGAUUUUAUCAAGGAGGAUCCUGAACUAAAUUUGGAGGUGUGUAAAACUGAGAAUGCAGUGGCAGCCUCAAUAAGAAAAGCAUCUGAUAGUUUAAGUUUCAUUCAAAGUGCUGGUGACAGCUGUGACAUUUCAUAUCAAGAAACAUUACAUCAAGGAGUAGUCAAUGACAAGCUGGAGAUAUAUGCAAAGAAGUCAACAGAUUUCAGUGUGUCUCACAACUAUACCAAAAUACAGACUUCACAAGAAGAUGGCUUAUGUGGCACAAGAUUAAGUUGUAGCACAAGGGAAAAGGAAUUCCAUAAGUUUAACUGUAGUUUCUGCCUACAGAGCUUCCCUUCAAAAUACAGACUCAUAAUGCAUAUUUUCAUCCACAUUGACGGUGUGCAGGCACCUGCAUUUGUGUGUAAGUCAUGUGGUGAGGUAUUUCCCACUGAUGACUGCUUGAAAGAACAUUUGAGAAUGAGGGAGGGUGACCAAGCAUUAUCUGCUACCAACAGUGAGAAACUUGAAUGCAGUGAUCAUGAAAACAAUAUCUCCUUCGAGUGUGUACAAGAAGGAAUUGUGGAACAGACUGAGGAGCACCCUUCGUGCAAGGUACCCAGGAAAACUUUUAAAAAAUCCUUUAAGGACAUCAGUAAUACACAUACUGUGAAAGAAGCUGAAGUGAAACUCGAAAGAUGUAAUGACUGCGAAAUUUUAUGUAAAAGUGGUGCAAAGAGACAUCACAAAUGUGAUGUUUGUGGUAAAAUGUUUACUCAGUUAUGCAAUCUUAUGAAACACAGUAGAAUACACACUGGAGAGACACCCCACGAAUGCGAUGUUUGUGGAAAAUCAUUUGCUGAAAGGUGCAAUCUAAAGCAACACGAAUUAAUACACACUGGACAGAGACCACACAAAUGCGGUGUCUGUGGAAAAUCAUUUACUCACUCGGGCCAUCUCAAUACCCACGUUUUAAUACACACUGGACAGAGACCACACAAAUGCGAUGUCUGUGGAAAAUCAUUUACUCGGUCGGGCCAUCUCAAGAACCAUGUUUUAAUACACACAGGAAAGAGACCACACAAAUGCGAUGUGUGUGCAAAAUCGUUUACUGAAAGGGGCAGUCUCAAGAAACACGAAUUAAUACACACUGGACAGAGACCACACAAUUGCGAUGUCUGUGGAAAAUCAUUUACUCGGUCGAGCCAUCUCAAGAACCAUGUUUUAAUACACACUGGACAGAGACCACACAAAUGCGAUGUGUGUGCAAAAUCGUUUACUGACAGGGGCAGUCUCAAGAAACACGAAUUAAUACACACUGGACAGAGACCACACAAUUGCGAUGUCUGUGGAAAAUCAUUUACUCAGUCGAGCAGUCUCAAGACCCACAUUUUAAUACACACUGGACAGAGACCACACAAAUGCGAUGUCUGUGGAAAAUCAUUUACUCGGUCGGGCCAUCUGAAGAACCAUGUUUUAAUACACACAGGAGAGAGACCCCACAAAUGUGAUACUUGUGGUAAACUAUUUAAUGUAUUGAGUAAUCUCAAGGCCCACAAGUUAACACACAGUGGAAAGAGACCCUACAAAUGUAGUAUUUGUGGAAAAUCUUUUACUCAUUGGGGCAGUCACAGGAAACACAAAUUAAUACACACGACAUAGAGACCACUCAAAGUAUUGUUGAGGUCUGUAGACGUACACAUGUUCAUAGAAGACCACACGUGUUUUGUGAAAAUUGUUCGCAUGUGCUACAGAGAGGUCAGAAAAAAUAUGACAAAUCCAUUUCCGCAGCUUCACAUUCGAAGAAGUUACAUACAAAAUACAACAUGAAGCACACAAUUGUGAUUUUUUGUUGGAAAUGCUCCAUGCUUUAAUGAUCGGGCUACCCGAAAUUUGUACAUUGAGAUAUAUCUUUUACUCGUUUGAGAAGAAGUUCUGUGCAGUUAUCAGGACCCCAUAUUCUUCAGGGAAUGUGCCAGUAUACUGCUAAUUAUUUGAAAGAAACUGCCAUUUCAAUCUUCAUGAAGCUGUAUCCACUACCCAGGCGACAGCAGAAAUGUGUUUAUUACACAUUCAUAAUGUACGAUAUUUAUCUCAAGAAUGGACAAAGAUACAAAAAUCUCUUGAUUAUGCAAACAUAUUAUUGAGGUAUGCCUCCUUAAUAGUAUUGCUAUUUGUGUGAUCAAUAAUCUGCAUCCAUUAGGAAAUAACUGAUGGUGGCAAGUAUGCAGAGAUAAGGGAAAAAUUACAAUCAUCUACGUAGUAGUGUUUUGAUUCACCUACAGACCGCAAUACAACAGUGCAUCUCUAUGGUAUGGACUCAUUAGUUCUUCAUUAGUUUUUCAGUUGUAAAUUGGACUAUAAGUCUACACACACCUCACACCUUUCCCAUUAAUUGUAGGCUAUCGGUUUGUUGCUGUCUAGUUGGUGUGCAAUAGCAUCCCAAAUUCAUUUCAUCAUGAUCUAUUGAGGUGAGCUGGGUGGGAAAGACAACAGUGUGAACCAUCAUGCAGCUCGAACCAUUGCAGUGUGAUUCUCACCUUGUAAUCUGGACAGUUAUCCUGCUGUAAGAUGUUGUCACUCUCUGUAAAUACAUCAAGCAUUAAGUGAUAAAGUUGCAAUAAUGUUCAUGUUCUCCACAUCUGUCAUGGUGCUUUCAGUUACCACCAGCUGUUUUCUUGCCAUCUCACAUGAAUGUCCCCCAUAGCAUGACACUGCCUUCAUCUUCCUGCACCUGUUGUGUGGUGCAUGUAUGAAACAACUAUUCAUCUGGAUAAUGACAUAUCUGAGCACAACCAUUGACCUGGUCUGAAAGAAAUGUCAUUUAUCCCAACAUGUGACACUUCCUUAUAGGUAUGCAGUCCAAUCUCGAUUAUCCUAUUUGUAUUGCUACUGUAACUGAUAACGUUGUUAGAUCAACAUGGGAAUACAAAGCUGUUAUAUAACUUGGGGCCUCAUGUUAACAGUGUCUGCUUAAUAGCUUGAAACUCUUGAGCCUGCUCAAGCAUUUUCUCCUGUCUCCACAGAUUGCCAUCUAUCCCACUUUACAGAGCAGCUAGGUUCUGAUCUGCUCGUUCUAGAUAAUGCAUGGGCAUCCUACAACCUUUGUCAACUUGUGGUUUCACCAUCUUUCAACAAUGUUCCAUAGAGGCUCACGAUAGAGGAAUGUCCACAGCCAACCACAUUCGCUGCUUCUGAGAUGCACUUGCCCAGGCACCAGGCAAAACCAUCUGCUCUUUGGCAAAGUUAUUUAUGCCAUUUUUCACAUACUGUCACUAGCAUGAUAACCACAAAUUUCUGGUUGUAUAGUUUCAUUACUACGUGCCAUAACCACAAUCCCACUGGGUAGCGAACAGCCGG